AUGAUGAAUCCCGCGCGGGACACAGACUCAACCCUGGGCGAACAACCCGCCAGUGCGGAUCCGCAGUAUGAACGAACUCCUGACAGGUUUACCCACCCGCGAGGCGAAUUCGACCAGGAGAUCGAGUACUUGUAUCUCAGCUUUGACACACCUUUACCCCAUCCCGUUGGCAUCUCGUCUCCACAGCCGGGCCAGCAGACACCCCCGCCCAGCCCUAAAUUGAACAAAUAUUCCUCGCCCUUCUUAUGGUCUAAUGCCCGCAAGAGCAUCAUCACCGUUAUUUGCUGCUGCGUGACGGCCAUGUCGGCUUAUGCGGCGGGUGAGUAUACGCCUCCGGGCGACGAGCUGACAGCCAAAUGGGGAGUUAGCCGGGUCGUAUACAAUUUGGGUAUUACACUGUAUACGUUUGGGUUCGCCAUAGCCCCCAUGGUGUUGGCGCCCUUCUCCGAGAUCAAUGGCAGGAGACCCAUCUUUGUGUCGAGCGGGGUUGUGUUUACCGUCUGCUUGAUUGGAUGUGGUGCUACAGAGUCCCUGGCGGGCAUGCUCGUGGCCAGAUUCUUCCUGGGAAUAGGCGGAUCGACCUUCUCCACCAUGGUCGGAGGCAUUAUUGCAGAUAUCUAUCACGCCGAAGAUCGGAACGCGCCCAUGUCGUACUUCUCGGGAGCCGUUCUGUUCGGCACCGGUCUGGGUCCGCUCAUCUCUGGUUUCAUCCAGCAACGUGCGGACUGGCGUUGGAUCUACUAUUCACAAGCCAUCGUAGCCGCGGGAUUCCUUGUAAUCCUCACCCUUUUCUUGAAGGAAACCCGGGGCAGUGUACUUCUGAGUCGCAAAGCGAAGGUGCUUAACCAGUAUUACGACGCAUUGGAGGGCGCGGGUUACCACGGAGUCAUCUUUAAUUCGAGCGACUCGGUAGAAAAGCAACAAGUGCGGCGCAUCCGAUGGAAGGUGAAGAGUGACGAGGAGCGUGAGAGCCUAGCCAAGAUGAUUACGAUCUCCUGUUUCAGACCGUUUCAUCUUCUCUUCACCGAGCCGGUGGUCUUUUUCUUUUCCCUUUGGGUAUCAUUCAGCUGGGCUAUUCUGUACCUCAAUUUCAGCGCCAUUCCCAUUGUUUUCUCGACGAACCACAACUUCAACGUAGAGCAAUCCGGAGCGGUUUUCUCGGCUGUAUCCGUCGGUUCGAUCUUAGCCACCGUGAUGAGUGUCUAUCAAGAACAUCUCGCCACCCGCCUCGGGAAGAUGAGGGGGACGCCCGAGGGACGUCUGUAUUUCACAUGCGUGGAGUCGGUCCUGAUGCCCAUCGGCCUGUUCUGGUUUGGAUGGACAACCUUUCCGUCGGUCCCCUGGAUUGUACCAACCCUGGCCAUCGGGUGCGCAACCAUGGGCAUCUUCACCAUCUACCUGGCUGCUUUCAAUUAUCUGGCCGAUACAUACCAUCGAUAUGCGAGCUCCGCAAUUGCCGCUCAAUCAUUCUGUCGCAAUGUCCUCGCGGGUAUCUUUCCGCUGGUGACGAACGCGAUGUUCACGAAUCUGGGGUACCCGGCUGCCUCUAGUCUUCUAGGGGGGAUCGGUGUCUUGUUAACGGUCGUGCCGUGGGUGUUGGCGUUCUACGGGCCACAGAUCCGCGCGAGAAGUAAAUUUGCCAGCGAAAUCAUGCAUCAGCAUUGA